AUGGACGAUAAUCAUUACCUCACAACCUACGAGGCCUCGUUGGCUGUCGUGGCCACUGGGAUGAAAAAGGCACGACUAAAGCCUGACACACUACUCAUCAAUGCAAUCAUCGGUGCCAUGCUUUUUUCAGUUGGUGGAAUGCUCAAUCUACUAGUCCAUUCAAUGUUGCCUGGAAUUAUGAAUAAUAAUCCUGGUUUACUUCGAUUCCUACAAGGUUCAUUUUAUCCAAUAGGGUUAUUUUAUGUGGUUGUGAUGGGAGCAGAAUUGUUUAAUGCAAACGUGCUCUUUUUCACAGUCGCUUUAUGUCGACGAGGAAUUUCAGUAUUGGACUUGUUGAUAAAUUGGUUCAUUACGUGGUGGUUUAAUCUUGUGGGGAAUAUUUUUGUUGGAUACAUUAUUAGUCAUUACUCAAAUACAACUUCAAGUGAUGCAUUUAUUGAAGGAUCACACGAACUUUUAGCGUCAAAAGUGGAGUAUUCAUUUGUGCAAAAUAUGAUCAAGGGUAUUGCAGGAAAUUUUUUUGUAAGCUUAUCAAUUUAUUUACAAAUUAUGGCCAAGCCCCUACAUGUGAAAUUUCUCAUGCUUUAUUUACCAAUAGUUACUUUUAUUUCAUUGGACUUUACGCAUUGUGUGGCAGACAUGUACAUUGUAAUCAUUGGCAAGAUCAACCAUUCAUCUGCACCAUGGGAUAAAAUUUGUUGGAAGCUUUUGUUACCUGGUACUAUAGGGAACAUCAUCGGUGGUGCGUUCUUUGGUAUAGUAGUUUGUUGGUACAUGCAUAUCUACGUGGUUGAGAGAGACAAGAAGGAAUUGAAUUUGCCACAAUAUGAGUUUAGAGAUCAACAACCUGAAUUGAUGCAAGAUUCAAGAGUCGUACGGCAGAAGGAUCCCGUUUUUCAUGAUGAUAUUCAGAAGGAUAAUGAAGAGAAACACUCACUUUCUGAUUCCAAUGGCAGUAGUCAAACUGAAAUGUUAGAAACCCAAUCGAAUCUUGAACCACGGCCAUACCUUGAGACACAUGCUUCUGCAAUUUCAAGACUUAGCAACAGACGAAAGAAUUCCUUGUCUUCAAUCCGGUCACCUAAAAAUGUUUUCCCUGUUUACGGUAUGGAUGAGCCUUUAACUAGAGAACGCACGAUCGCUGGCGACCAUGCACAUGAUCAAGAGGUUACAGACGAGGUAGAUGACGACAAUGAUGGCAAUGCUAAUGAAGCUCGUUCUAUAGGAUCCCAAUUGGUUCGGAUGUUUACCACAAGAUCAAAAAAGGAUGCGUCCACUGAAUGUUAG